AUGGCACCACAAAGCAAAAGGGUUCUCAUUCUUGGGGUGACUGGUGUUAUUGGUCAGGUCUUGACUUGUGCUAUUCUUAAUGCCCAAGAUGUUUUUGAUCGUGUUGGGGUCUUGACCUCGGCAGCCACUGCUGCAUCCAAGUCGGAACUUUUGAAUUCGUUCCGCGCACGCGGCGCAGAUGUCAUUAUUGGCGACAUUAAUGAUGAAGCGUUCAUGUUCAACACUUUUCAAGGCUUUGAUACAAUAGUGUCUGCUCUAGGACGAUCCGCAAUUGAAUUACAGAUCGAUCUCAUAAGAAUCGCCAAUGCCUCUCCCAGUAUUACAAGAUUCAUACCCUCCGAGUACGGCACCGACAUAGCCUUUGAUGCCACCUCGGCUUCUGAAAAGCCGCAUCGAGCAAAACUCAAGGUCCGCGCCUUUCUCGAAUCCGAUGCCGUCCAGCACCUAGCAUACACAUAUCUCGUCACGGGACCAUUCGCCGACUUGUACGCGGGUGACAUGAGCUCCGAACCUCAACUCGGGAGCUUUAAUGUAGCCCGGAAAGAGGCCACGCUCUUGGGGGAUGGAAAAGGUCCUUUGGGUCUCACCACCAUGGCCGACGUAGGACGCUUUCUCGUGGCUAUUCUCAAAAAUCCAAAAGUGUGCGACGGCAAAGCAAUCAAAGUAAACUCGUUUACGUCGACUCCAGAAGAGAUACUCGCAGAGAUGGAGCGGCAAACUGACACCAAGUGGAAUGUUCAAUACACACCACUAGAUGCGCUGCGUCGAAAUGAAAAGGAUGCAUGGAAUCAAGGAAACCCACUGGCCAGUCUGUACACGUUGAGGAGGAUCUGGACCGAGGGCAAGACUCAAUGCGAGAACACGGAUAAUGAGUCGAUUGGUAUAUGCAAAACGGAUACACUCGAAAUGGUUGUGCAAUCUAUACUAUCCAAUCCGAUUUCAGGUUUUCAAAGUGGCAAGCUGUAG